AAAAAGAGGUAAAUCAAUGGUUUAUUCGUUAUUAUUCCCAUUUCCGACUUUCAAAUCAGUUUGACUUUCGACUCAGUUCAAUUCCAACCAACAAAAUGCGAUUCUUAGUAAUCUUGUGCCUCGCUUUGUGCAUUGGUUUCGCUUAUGCAGCCAGCGUUAACCGAUCAAAGCGUGACAUCAAAGACGAUAUGCAAAAAAUUAUCAAACAGAUAAAAAAGAAAGGUAUCGAUCAUGUUGGUGGUGAAAUCAAAAAAUUUGCUCACACCUUCAAAGAUCAAAUAAAGUCAUGGCAUUGUCCAAACUUCUUUGAAAUACUUAAAGCAAUGGCCAGUAAAAAGGGUGAUAAAAUUGCUAAAGUCGCCUUCGAAACUGCUGUUUGUAAAGCAUUGAAAUUUGCUUAACCUUUUCUGCUCAACCUUAAAAGACUAAUAUACUAUUCGAAUUAUUAUAUUUAAAUCCUUGUAAGAUCUGUUUGAAAUGUUUACCCUCAAAACGCCUAAAUAUUAAUACUAAUAAAUAAAGUUAAAUUAAAUAAGUUUGCACUUUGAAA